AUGAGGUUCCUACACUCCAUCCUCUGCUUACUUGUUGUGGGGAGUGUCUUGGCCGUCAGUGGCUCCGACAAUCCUGACCAGCCUAGCAAGCCCAAUACUGCAGCUCAGCCAGGCAACUCAGAUCCGAAUGUGGUGCAACAAGAGGUAUCAGCUGCUGGAUCCGCUGUAGGAGGCCCCAAAACUCAGUCACCAGGUCAAAAAGGUGAACCUGGAUCCGCUGGAGAGGGUCAACAAAUUCAGGAAUCGGGUAAAUCAGUUGGUGCGGAAUCUCAUGGUGCAAGCAGCCAUGAGCUUCAGCUAAAAGGUCAAUCCUCUGUCGAUGGAUCUGUUGGACAAAACUCCCAAAAUCAAUCAACAGGUGGAAAAGGUGACGAUAGAACCGAUGGACAAGCUCAAAUAACUCAAAAGGCUAAUCCAGAAGCAGCAUCUACAGAAGAAACGUUGACUCCCAAGGGUACUCCCGAAAACACGCUUCCCAAUUCAAGUGGGACUACGUCUAGCACCUCAGCACCAAGUGGACAAACCGAAAUGCAAAAUGGUGUUCGUGCGCCAGCAGCUGCUUCUAAGGCAGAAACUCCUGACGUGAAGCAUGGUCAGGGUUCACCAAAGCAAACCGCAGCUCCUGCGGAGGAAAAAAAAAUUGAAAGUGCUCAAUUACAAGAUAAGGGUCCCAGCGCAGACCGUAAGGAAGAUGAGGAGGAAAAGGAGGAAGAGAAAGAAAAGGGUGACGAAGAAGAACAUACAAAGGCAAAAUUAACGGAAAACCAAAGAGAUCAGAAGCAGUCGUUGCAACCUGGCCAAGUUGGGCCCAAAGGUCAACAAGAUUCCAACGGUCGAACCGACUCUGAGGUUGUUGCUGGCGGUCGUGAGCAAACACCCAAGGAACCGGCACCAACUACGCCUCAUGGUGAAGAAAAAUCUCAAUUGCUUGAACAAAAGGAACAAGGGCCGGAAUCUGACGUUAGCGUGCAAUUACCAACCGGACAAGGUGCUGAUGGUGCACCAGGCAAAGACGGCAUGCCUGCAUCUGGCCCGAAAGUUACGAAACCUGCUCUCCCUGAACCCUCUACCAGUUCGCAUCAAAAACCUGAUGUACCCGAUGUUGAUGUAAAGAAACCCGAUACUUCCGAGGAUCACAAGGUCCAGGCCAGCGCAGGUGCGGGUGACAGUGAGGGUGAUCAGCAUUCGGAUGAGGAGGAGGAGGAAGAAGAGGAUGACGAAGAAGAUGAGGAUAUGAGUGGAGAGUACCAUGCUACAGAUGAGUUGCCGGAACAUUUGAAGGGGCGCCAAGGCAAAGUGGGUGUUGCUACGCGGCGUGAAGGAGGUGACUCCGUUGCACGCAGGGCGCGACGAAACACUGGAUCUGGUUCCUCAUCAUCAGCUACCCAAACGGAGGAUAAUCCUGCUGGAACGCAGCCAUCAGGCAAAGGUGCUAAGGGUGCGAACCAGCAGGGACCGGAAAAUGGAUCUUCCAAUAGCCAGGCGCCUCAGCAGCCCACUUUGGAAACACUUGUGAGAACGGGUUCCAUUUCUGAAAAGCAGGAAAUUGUGACUGCAUUCUUGAAGAAGGACCUUGCUGAAGGCCCCCUGCGUAAGAUCUUUAACUACAAGGACACCUCGAAGACAUUGGAGACCUGCCGUCACCUCACCCAGAGGAAGCCCAAGGUUUGCAAAGCCGGAAACAUCAAAACCGAAGCGCCAAGCGCCAACGUUGAGCUCAACAGGCUUGUCGGUGAAUACCUCACGCACAGUGUUUGUACUGUAGAGGCCGCCCUCAACCAGAUGUACCACAGCGUUCACCAGGGAGAGUACAUUUCCAACGAAAUCCACGCGGCGCUUAAGAUUCUUUCCAAUGUUAUGAGGAUGAACACGACCAUGAGAGAGCGUUACGGCGAAUCUGAGCACAUCCUGGAGAAUCUCCUGCAGCUCUUCCACGCGGCUGAAAAGGCUCUCGUCUCGCAGUCUGUUCAAACCGUUCUUUACAACAGGUGGGCGCUUUUGGACAGUGUCCUCUGUGCGGUAGCCUCCGGUGAAUCCAACGAGGUGUUGGACAAGAUUAACAUGGAUGCCAGCAACUCCUCUGCCACCGCAGUUGUCAACCUGGAGAGAUUCAUCAACUCCUCCACUGAGGUCUUCGUAAAGGCGUACAAACCCUUCGCGGAACUUCUACGUGUCAUUGAAAACGGUGUGCUGAUUAAGGCUUUGGAACUCAACAAGAACGAGUUCCGCGAGCAGGCUGAGAGGGUUGUUCAAACCAUUACGGAACGCCACGUGUCCGGCAUCUCGCCAGCCACUCUCACCCCUCUCGCCCAGAUUCCUCAUUCUGGCAUGAACACUGCUGACAUUCAACGCAUUGCGGGACAGAUGGGUAACAGCGUGAGCCUUGUCCAAAGAGGACAGGACGUCACACAGGCUGGUGCCGUCUCAGCCACCACUGCCCUCCGUACUGCCGUCCUCAGCCUCAACAUAUUCAAGAUCAGCGGCGAUCACAUUACGCCUGAGAUCGAUGAGAGCGCUGUUAGGACCAUGGUGCGCUCUGCGCUGUUGAGCUUCAGUGAGGAAGAAAUGGUCUCCAAGCUCAUUGUGGCCCCCCAGGCUGCUUUGCGCGUCAUAUACGAAACCAUCAAGCUUUUGGUUCCCAUUCCUGCCGAAAACGGUGCCACUGCCGUGACUUCUGACGAUGCCAACAGCCGCAUUAAGGAAAUUGAGAGGCUCAUGGAUGAGAACUUCAGGCAGGUCAACCAGGCCGUUUCACGCAGCCUUAGCACCUCCGCCAGGGCGACUCUUCCAGAAGCGGCUCUGAUACAGACCGCGGUGAAUCACCUUGGUGGUGCUGCGCCGGCUAAAGCCGACCUCCAGACCAGGGCGACGUUCACCGUGGAUUCCAGACAAGAGGGAGCCAACCUGGAGGACAACACCAACAAGUACAUCGAGGAGCAGCAGUUCCAGAAGAACAUGGACAACCUUGUUCACAUCAAGAGUUACAGCAGCGUAAGUGUCUAUCAGACUUCCAAACAUUUGCGCUCAGGCCACCCUCGCCGGAACCGUCGGUAUUCUAGCACUAGCCCUCGUUGUCAUCUUCUAAUCAACACCCGUAACAUGAAUUAA